GCCUGCAGCGAUGUACCUCACUGUGCUGCUGUCCCUGUUUGCAGUGACAGUCUGUAAAGACACCACCAUUACUUCUGCAGUCAAAAAGACAACAGGGAUAACCACAAGUGCUGCACAGUCAACCAGUUUGGCUGCUACCACAAAGGAUAAAGUCAGCCUAUUCAGUACGACAACCGCCAACAACGCACAACAGCCUCUGACAACAACACACAAGACGACCGCUGCAGUCACUUCACAAGAAGUGUUAUCAUCACCCUCACCCGCAACUUCCCCCCAUACACCCAACAUGACAGCGGAAACAUUUCCAAAUGUCACACCUCCUCAGACUACAACAACCAACCAGACAUCCAGCGCAACAGUUUCACAAAGAUCAGCACUCCCACCAGCAUCAGAAACGCCAAAUGCCACUGUAACCAUCACUGUGAACGCAACCAGCCCAGGUCUCCCACAGGAAUGGGGAAAAGGUGACUUGGCAGCAAAUCCCGGCCUCGUGGCCAUCCUUUGCAUCUUCUCUAUCAUCUUUAUCCUUGUGCUGGUGGUUGCCACCGUGAAAUGUAUCCGAUCACCGAGGUCCAACUUUGAGAGGCUCGAAGACGUGCCAAUGGGCAAAGUGAAUGAAGAGUCUCCAUUCGCCCAGUACUCAAAAUGACAGAGGAGACUUCAUCAGUCCGGGAGGAGUCCAGUCUGCUGUACGACUGAUUCUGGACAAAAAAAAACUAAACAAAACAAAACAUAGAAAUCUUGUCCACAUAAGACCAAGACAAGUUUGAUGUUUUCCUCUCAGGCUCUUUUUUUUUUUUUUUUACAAAGCACUUUUGCCAAUGCCAAUUGUCAAUGACUGGAGUAUUUCAGCCUCAAAUUUGACCUUUG